AUGAGCCAUGAUCCUGUUCAGCUCCCGACAGAAGUUGAAAGUAUAUCUGAGAAGCGGAAACGCUGGGUGAAGUUACUACAUAACCUAGAAUACGCGCAGCUCAUCGAUGAAGUACUAUCAGUGGAGUUAGCGAAGUACAGAAACAGUGCCGUAGUUUCUUCUACGAAGUCUCCAGAGACAUAUCGGGAAUGCGCCUUGAUUCUAUCGUCGGCAUCGCCACUAUUUGAGGCAGCUGUCGAAGGCGUCUUACCGCUCCGGUUUCUGUUAGAUAGCAAGCUGCAGGCCCAGCAUGUGACUCUGCUGGAGAGAGCGAGGUCCCAGCCGAGUAUAUAUGUUCACAUUCUCGCUGACAAGCACGGCACUGCGCCAAGUGCCAGACAGUACAUGGCAGUGGCAGACAUUGCAUCGAGAUACGUUGGCGAAGCCAAUGCCGAAAACAACAAAAUAGCUGGGUUGAUAGAUUCAACCACACCAGCCCCUAUCUCAAGCAAUCUGAUGAGCCUAGGACAGAGAAAGUAUCUUGUCACCCCUUCAUCUUCACGUUCGAAAGCCCGCAUAGCCAGAAUAAAUCUCUUCUCCAACAGCAUCCGCCGACGCUUCCUCUCAACCCCCCUACCAGAUCGUGACCUCCCGCUGUGGCCUCCUCCCAGCGAAGUAGGAUACUCCAUCAACUCCCCAUCUCGGCUAUCCCAACAUCGUCGCCACCAAUCCUCAAACUACAUCAUGAAUCUCACAGAAGACAUAUGCACCCACUUACACCUCACCCAACACGAACUAUUCCGCACGCAGCACUUCAUCUUGCAUUCGUUCAUCAUAUAUCUCAUCUUCCGCCCUCAGCAGGUUCACAUUGCAGAGAUUUUUACAUCCGGGCUUCUUCAAGUUUGGAUCGAGAAUGGUGGGGGGUUCAAUUACUACCCGGCUGGUAGGAGCAAUUCAUCGGGGGACAGGGUGACGGCGGAGGAGUGGCGGAAUCAUGAUGCAUGGGUAAGGGAGAAUAGUGACUUGGAUGGUAGAUGGGAGAUGCUGAGGAAGAGAGUUGAGAGGGAUGUUAUUGCGGUUGGGCGUGAACUGGCGGAUAUUUGGAGGGAGGUCAUGAAAGAUUGA